UCGACUAUUUUCUUAUUACUUUCAUCGGUCUUGGACUCCAUUGUCUGUCUUCCAAUAAAAAUUCCUCCUUUUCUUCACCUCUUUUUUCAUUUGCAUCGAAGCCACCGUCUCGCAUCAUGCACCUAUUUUCGAUCCUGGCCAAGACGAUCAUGUGUGAAUCACAAAUAGUACAAGCUACGGAGGGAAAUAGUACUGCUGGUGGCAAAAUUACUGAUAACAACGAAUGGGCGAAGGAAUCUGCGUCCCUGCAGUUGGUAGGGGAGGUGUCACUAGGAGAUUUGAUAUGGGUCAAAGUCCAUGGAAACUCAUGGUGGCCAGCACUGGUAGUUGAUGAGAAGAGUGUUAGCGAGAGCAGUAAACCGGGAGGUAAAUCACAGGGGAAGGUGCUAGUGCGUCUAUAUGGGAGCCAUGAGUACUUUUAUGCAGACCCUGUGAAAUAUCAUUCCGAGUUUAAAACGAUUCUAGAACAGAAUAAUGGUAAUUGUUACGAUAUCCUUGACAAAACUUUGGAGCAGCUUCGCCGGAAAUCUAUUAAACCAAAGGGGCAAGGAUCUAAGGCUACAGCAAACACUGGAGCUGAUGCUUCUAAAGGCAAGACUUCCAAGCAAGAUGAGACCCCCAAGAAACCCAAGCGAAAGAGCCCUAGUACCGAUAAACAGGCAAAGAAUAAAGCCGUUGAGCAAUUGAGUGUCCAGAAGAAACAAAGGAAAAAUAACCAAACUGCAGAGAAAAAGAAGCCAAAUGGUAGAAGUGCCAAGGAAAAGUCCAAGAGUUCAACCUCUAAGGAACAGAAGAGGGGUAAAACUUCAAAGCAAUAUGAGGCGCAGAAAAAGUCGAAGCCAAACAGCCCGAGAACAUCGAAAGAGGAAAAUAUGUUAAAGGAGGAGACUGGUAGCCAAAGCUCUGAAGGAGCUUCACCAGGAGAAUCUCCCAAGUCAGGUACCCGAAGAACGAGAGUGAUGCAAGAUCUGGGUUUGAUUGCACCUCCCGGUUCACCAUUUGACAAGAACGGACUCAUAUAGCUAAGUCUGUCAUCACAAGUUGCCUAUGGCGUUGUACUAUUCCAAUCGAUUUGUGAUGCAGCUUAAAUGACGUAGCUAUGAAAUGUACGCCUACAAAAUUUAGUUCAUCCAUAAACAAAGACAGAUUUGCAAUGGAAUCAGACAACUUGUGCCACUUGAAUCCUACAA